AUGUCUGUUCAAAAAGCUUCUGAGAAUAAUAUAGAAGAGGUUGAUGAAAUACUGUCAACUAAUGCUCUGGAGCGUACCGAUACCGUCGCGAAACGAAGGUCAACAUUUGCACUAGAUUAUGGAGUCUUGCUUGAAGAUUUUACGCAUCUGUACAUAGAAAACGUAAAUUCGACCCUUCACUACAGGGACAAGCAGAUUUUUCCAUAUAUAAUAUAUAUACCUAUUAAAGGUAAAACAUUGGAAGAUUGUGAUCUCGUGAAAUUGGGAAAUGAAAUGAAAGACAUACUUGACAAAUGUAUUGAUAAUGGAGUAAAAAAUAGCGAUUUAAUAAUUUGUGGUUUACUGGUAGAAG